UUUCUUCUUUUGAACAUGGAGACGAUCACCCAAAAUGAUCACCAAAACGGGUCUUUGGAGAACUUUUGCACAGCUUCAAAGGGUGUUGUUGUUGUCGGUGGUGGUGAUGCCGUUGAUCCUUUGAAUUGGGGCGUGGCGGCCGAGUCACUCAAGGGAAGUCAUUUGGACGAAGUGAAACGCAUGGUGGCUGAAUACAGGAACCCAUCGGUGAAGCUGGGCGGCGAGACCUUGACGAUUUCUCAAGUGGCGGCCAUUGCUACACGUGACUUGGGUGUCAAGGUUGAGCUUUCCGAGGACGCAAGGGCUGGCGUUAAGGCCAGUGCUGAUUGGGUCCUUGAUGGCAUGAACAAAGGCACCGACAGCUAUGGCGUCACCACUGGUUUUGGUGCUACUUCACAUCGUAGAACCAAGCAAGGAGCUGCCCUUCAAAAAGAGCUCAUUAGGUUUUUGAAUGCUGGGAUCUUUGGCAAUGGAACUGAGUCGUGUCACACACUUCCACACUCGGCAACCAGAGCAGCCAUGCUUGUUAGGAUCAAUACCCUGCUCCAGGGAUACUCCGGUAUCAGAUUUGAGAUUCUUGAGGCUAUUACAAAGCUUCUCAACAGCAACAUAACUCCAUGUUUGCCUCUCCGUGGCACAAUUACUGCAUCCGGGGAUCUUGUUCCUCUUUCCUACAUUGCUGGACUGCUCACAGGCAGGCCGAAUUCGAAGGCCGUUGGACCAAACGGUGAAGCCCUUGAUGCCGAGGAAGCCUUCCGAGCAGCCGGUAUCGAUUCUGGAUUCUUUGUGUUGCAGCCUAAAGAGGGGCUUGCUUUAGUCAACGGCACUGCAGUUGGUUCCGGUAUGGCUUCCAUGGUUCUUUUCGAAGCUAACAUUCUGGCCGUUCUGUCAGAAGUUUUAUCGGCGAUUUUCGCUGAAGUCAUGAAUGGUAAACCGGAGUUCACCGACCAUUUGACACAUAAAUUGAAGCACCAUCCGGGACAAAUUGAGGCCGCAGCUAUAAUGGAACACAUACUUGAGGGGAGUUCUUAUGUUAAAGCAGGUAAGAUGUUGCAUGAAAUGGAUCCCCUGCAGAAACCGAAACAAGAUCGGUAUGCUCUUAGGACUUCUCCGCAAUGGCUUGGUCCACAGAUCGAAGUGAUCAGAUUCUCGACCAAAUCAAUUGAAAGAGAGAUUAACUCCGUCAAUGAUAACCCAUUGAUCGAUGUUUCGAGGAACAAGGCGUUACAUGGUGGCAACUUCCAAGGUACCCCCAUCGGAGUCUCAAUGGACAACGCUCGUUUGGCGAUUGCAGCAAUUGGAAAACUAAUGUUUGCUCAAUUCUCCGAACUUGUUAACGAUUUCUACAACAACGGUCUCCCGUCAAACCUCUCUGGUGGUAGGAACCCCAGUCUGGAUUAUGGUUUCAAAGGUUCUGAAAUCGCAAUGGCCUCCUACUGUUCUGAGCUCCAAUACCUUGCUAAUCCGGUCACUAGCCAUGUUCAAAGUGCUGAGCAGCACAAUCAAGAUGUGAACUCCUUGGGACUAAUCUCUUCAAGGAAAACUGCUGAGGCUGUUGAUAUCUUGAAGCUGAUGUCCUCUACAUACUUGGUGGCCCUUUGUCAAGCGAUCGAUUUGAGGCAUUUGGAAGAGAAUUUGAGGAACACGGUGAAGAACACCGUGAGCCAGAUCGCUAAAAAGAUCCUCACUACCGGUGCCAACGGUGAUCUACACCCUUCACGGUUCUGCGAGAAGGAUCUACUCAAAGCCGUGGACCGUGAAUAUGUUUUCGCCUACAUCGACGAUCCCUGCAGUGCUACCUAUCCGUUGAUGCAGAAGCUGAGGCAAGUACUCGUGGAGCAUGCAUUAACAAAUGGAGAAAACGAGAAGAACGCAAGCACUUCGAUCUUCCAAAAGAUUGCGGCUUUCGAAGAAGAACUAAAGGUUGUCCUGCCGAAGGAAGUCGAGAGCUCGAGGGAAUCGUUCGAGAACGGAAAUGCUGCAAUCCCGAACAAGAUCAAGGAAUGCAGAUCUUAUCCAUUGUACAAAUUUGUGAGGGAAGAGCUCGGAACAGGGUUGCUAAGUGGUGAAAAAUUGAUCUCACCGGGUGAGGAGUUUGACAAGGUUUUCACAGCAAUGUGCCAAGGGAAGAUCAUUGAUCCAAUGAUGGAAUGUCUUGAGGAAUGGAAUGGUGCCCCUCUUCCAAUAUGCUAGUUCCUUAUUUUUUUCUUUUCAUUUUUAAUCAUUUGAGAUUUGUUUACAAAUCCUU